AUGCUGUGCGGGCUCACGGCUUUGCCUCUGAUGUAUUUGGGAUUGCUGUCUCCAGUUUCGGUUGACAAUCAAGAAGAUGGCAGUAGAAGAUGGUCCGUGCAGUAAAGUCCUUGUGUGAUUGAAUUUUCCAAGGCAUCUCCCAGAAAUCCCAUGACUGUGAGCUACAGGCUUAAUGAAAACAUCAGCUUCCAUGUAGGUACCAGCCGUUCCAGUGCCCCCAGAGGUGAUCUCUCCAUGGAGGAGGAGGAGUACUGCAUUCUGCUGACCCACGCCAUGCUCAGAAGGGAAAGCAUGGCCGCCUCGCUCUCUGUAAGUCUCGGAGAUGAGAAAGACACUGUCCUGAGGGAGAACCCAGAACUUCACAUCCCAGAACAUGGUGCGGCUGGAGAGCCUGUGGCUUUGACCUGUACUAUACAAGACACCUGUCUGGAGCCCAAAGCUCCUUUUCUCUCCUGGAAAGGGCCCAACAUGAUUAUUGCCAUCAACUCCUCUUCAGAGCUCACCACUGCCCCAAAGCCUGAGGACCAGGGCUCCACUCUCAGAUGUCACUUAAAGCUAUUCCCAGAUAACCUGUCUAGCAGUAAAAUGCUCAACCUACAGCUGCUCUCACCUGCCAGGCUGCUCAACUACUCCUGUUUGGUGACGAGGACACUAGUGUGUAGCUGUUCCUUCUAUGGGAUCCCCACACCCUCGGUGCAGUGGUGGGUGGGAGGGACCUCGGUGAGUAUGAAUAGCAUUGACAGAAUCCUGCACGUGACCACCACCACGCUGGAACCCUGGACCAACAGCACCAUUCGUCUCAUGUGGGAACCAGCAAUCAUUACGAGACUUCGCUGUGAAGGCAAGAACCAAUAUGGAAUCCAUGCUUCCAAAAUCCUCUUGAUACCAGAUAAAAGCUCCAUUUCUAGUGUGUUCCUGAGAGGGCUAGUCCAGGGCAUUGUGUACGGGACCAUAGCAUCUGUUUUACUCUUCUUCUUCCUCACUGUCCUGGUAAUGAAGAUGCUUAGCUGGUGGAAGGAAAAUCAAACUUGCAACAACAAAGAAGCCCCGACUCCCAAGAAACCAGUUUCAGGAGAAGCCAAAAUGCCUGAAAAGCAGCGGUUGCAGACCCACGCUGUCGCUUCAGCGCUGCCGCAGCUUAACCAGAAUGGAGGCCUGAGUCUGGGUUUGCUUAUUCUUCACAUGGAGGUUUCCUGGAACAACAGAACCGUCCCUCCCAGCGACUAUGGCAAGGACCCUUUGGAGCUUCAGGGCCACCAUUUCCCCACGGUGGAGGUCUUUCAGACACCAGCAAAUGGUGGCUGUUGA